UGGGUCCCCAAACUGAUAGCAUCCCCGACUGAAAAGAAUCCUACGUUUCUUUGUAUCUUUUCAUCUUUUUUUCUGGAAAGUGCCCUAAGUCGGAAACUCCGCGCUGCGCCUCAGGACCGAAUUCCGGAGGACCAAGCACGGGGUUGGGGCGGGGCGGGGCCCUGCGGCGUCUCUGUCCGGCGGCUAUCCCCGCGGCGGGCCCCGACGGCACGAUGGACGCUGGCGCCCGCCCGGCCGGCGGCAGCCCCGCAGCGCUCUCCCGGGAGUACAAGCUGGUGAUGCUGGGCGCCGGCGGCGUGGGCAAGAGCGCCAUGACCAUGCAGUUCAUCAGCCACCGCUUCCCGGAAGACCACGACCCCACCAUCGAAGAUGCUUAUAAGAUCCGUAUCCGUAUCGAUGAUGAACCUGCCAAUCUGGACAUUUUGGAUACAGCUGGACAGGCAGAGUUUACAGCAAUGCGGGACCAGUAUAUGAGGGCAGGAGAAGGGUUUAUCAUCUGUUAUUCUAUCACGGAUCGUCGAAGUUUCCAUGAAGUUCGUGAGUUUAAACAGCUUAUUUAUCGAGUUCGACGUACUGAUGAUACACCUGUAGUUCUUGUGGGAAACAAGUCUGACCUAAAAGAGUUAAGACAGGUCACCAAGGAAGAAGGACUGGCUUUGGCCCGAGAAUUCAACUGUCCUUUUUUUGAGACAUCUGCUGCAUACCGCUACUACAUUGAUGAUGUUUUCCAUGCACUUGUUCGGGAGAUACGUAGGAAAGAAAAGGAGGCAGUAUUGGCCAUAGAGAAAAAAUCUAAGCCCAAGAGCAGUGUGUGGAAGAGACUAAAAUCACCAUUCCGGAAGAAGAAAGAUUCAGUAACUUGAAGGGAAGAUGUGAAGUGUUUAUCUGCGAACCGCAGCGCUUAAUCAGAGCAGUCCAGUAACCUGCAGUAGUGAGCAUGUACUUGCUCUUUCUCCUGUUAUGACCAUUAUUGCAAAAGUAACUGAUAAGAGGGACAAGCCUACUAGGAGUUUUUAAUGAUGUGGUAUUUAAAGUAUUGUUUCAGUUAAUUCUGAUUUAUUAACCUGGUAGAGCACUGUCAUCUUUUAAAUUGUCACAUUAGAAUUUGAUCUACCAAUGUUUUGGGUUCAGUUGCUAAUAUUAAUUAAUGUACAUUGUUUAUACCCAGGAGAAUAUGUAUACUGUGUGUGUUUGACUACGUUCAUAGCAGAAUUUCUUGCACUCCAUGUUAUCUUUCAACUUCACUUUCUUGGGACUAUCCCAGAGAAGGGCCUCCAUCUCUUAUUUACACCAUGACUCCUGGAGACAAAACAAAAAUCAUAUAUGAAAAUCAGGACUAAAGUUCAAUAUAUAGGUGUAGAGUUGACUCCUCUCAAAGAUUAUGGGGGGAAUGGGAUUUGGGGAAAUCAGGCUGUAUGUUUGCACGGACUUGACUAGAAAAAGGUAGGGUCCAGAAUGAUGUUUCCAGUACAAGCUUGCCUUUUCUGAGAAGUGCACGUUUGACCCAGGUGUGCUGGGAUGAGCAAGAACAGACAAGUGUAUAACGUGUAAUGAAGUCAUGUUAUCCUUCCUUUCGGGGUUUUGCCAUUUCUUAAAAAAA